GCCAACAGAAUUUAGGCAGCUGCUAGCAGAGGUUACCCUGAGUGUUUUAACAGCGAGCAUUUACAGUCUAAUAGCUCAGACAGAAGAAAUGAUCGUGUUAAUUUUCUUUUUUGUCUUGCUGUGGAACGAGGCUCAAAGUUGGGGAUUCAAGAAUGGAGUACUGCAUAACUCUAUUUGGUUAGAGCGAGCAGCUGGAGUGUACCACAGGGAGGCCCGGUCUGGAAAAUAUCAGCUCACCUAUGCAGAAGCUAAAGCAGUGUGUGAAUAUGAAGGAGGACAACUAGCCACAUACCAGCAGCUGGAGGCAGCAAGAAAAAUAGGUUUCCAUGUGUGUGCAGCUGGUUGGAUGGCUAAGGGCAGAGUUGGUUAUCCCAUAGUGAAAGCUGGAUCCAGCUGUGGCUUUGGAAAAACUGGCAUUGUUGAUUAUGGGAUUCGCCUCAACAGAAGUGAGAGAUGGGAUGUCUAUUGCUACAACCCUCAUGCAAAAGAAUGUGGUGGAAUCUUCACAGAUGCAAAGCACAUCUUUAAGUCACCAGGCUACCCAAACGAGUAUGAAAAUAAACUAAUAUGCUACUGGCACAUUAGGCUAAAGUAUGGACAACGGAUUCAUCUACAGUUCCUGGAUUUUGAUGUUGAAGAUGACACUGCUUGCAUGGCUGAUUUCUUAGAAGUCUAUGAUAGCUAUGAUGAUAUCACUGGCUUUGUGGGCAGGUACUGUGGAGAUGAACUUCCAGAUGAUAUCAUCAGCACAGGAAAUCUCAUGACCUUAAAGUUUUUGUCAGAUGCCUCAGUGACAGCAGGUGGUUUUCAAAUUAAAUACGUUGCUGUAGACCCACCUUCAAAACCUAAUGAUGAGAAAAAUGCAACUUCCCAAGGAAACACAAACUUCUUGUCUGGAAAAUUUGGCAUUAUGUGAACAGACAGAUCAACAUCACAGAAAAUGCAGUUGGAAUAUAGAGUUAUUAAGUAGAAGUACCACUUGAGAUACCUGUUUUGUCCAAUAAGUUAUAGCUAUCAUACUAUAUUUGGGAUAGCCAGCAGCCACAGUCGCUUUUCAUCUUAUCCUUCUGACUUUUAUAAUUUCUGCUUUAUGUAACUUUUUUUAAUAAAGAAUACUGGGUAAUAAAUUA